AUCUGUUGGAACAUAAAGAAACAAUAGAGAAAGACAAGUUUCUCGUUCAGUCUGUGUGACAGGCGUCCUCUUCCUCCCACUGAGUCUCUCCCUCAGAUUCAUCACUCACACAGGGAACUGCCAUCUUCCUGCUCAGACGCCGCCGGGUGGUACCAGCCAUGGGUGGAUGGAAGCUGCUCCGUCAGACCGCUCUGAGGUGAAGCUGGAGGCCCCGCGUCCGCACACAGACCCCCGGGACUCGGCUUAGCAACUUUUACCGCUGAUCCAUCGUCCUUCUCUUCUUUCCUGCCUGAGUCCAGGUGUGUGUGGCCCGAGUGCAGCUGUUUGAUGACGGAGACGAUGGCGCUGAGUGGGAACUGUAGGACUAACCCCAAAGAGCAGGCGUCAGUUCAGAACAGUUUCCCAGAUGUGGUCGAACUAAACGUCGGCGGGCAGGUUUAUUACACGCGUCACUCAACUUUGGUGAGCACCCCGAGCUCGUUACUGGGCAGGUUAUUCUCCUCCAAAAAAGACGCGUUCAAUGACCUGGCCAGAGACCCCAAGGGCAGGUACUUCAUCGACAGAGAUGGCUUUUUGUUCCGGUACGUGUUGGACUACCUCCGAGACAAGCAGGUCGUCCUCCCGGACCACUUCCCCGAGAAAGGGAGGCUCAGGAAGGAGGCGGAGUACUUCCAGCUGCCCGACCUGGUGAAGCUCCUGACCCCCGACGAUCUGAAGCACAGCCCGGACGACUACUUCCACAGCGACUAUGAAGACGGCUCCCAGGGGAGCGACCACCGGCAGUGCCCGCCGCCCUCCCUCGUCCCCGCGGACAGGAAGAGCGGCUUCAUCACGGUGGGGUACCGGGGGUCGUGCACCAUGGGCCGGGAGAGUCAGACCGACGCCAAGUUCAGGAGGGUGCCCCGGAUACUGAUCUGCGGGAGGGUGGCGCUCGCCAAAGAAGUUUUCGGGGAGACCCUGAACGAGAGCCGGGACCCGGACAGGACCCCGGAUCGGUACACGUCCCGGUUUUACCUCAAGUUCAAGCACCUGGAGAGGUCUUUCGACAUGCUGUCCGAGUGCGGCUUCCAGAUGGUCGCCUGCAACUCGUCCGUGACAGCCUCGUUCGUCAACCAGCACACAGAGGACAAGAUCUGGUCCAGCUACACAGAAUAUGUCUUCUACCGUGGUCCAUCACGUUGGUCCUCCCCUCCAUGUGACUGCUGCUGCAAGAACCACAAAGGCGACGGCGAGGGCGAGAGUGGCACCUCCUUCAACGACCUCUCCACCUCCAGCUCUGAGAGCCAGUCAGAAGCCAGCUCCCCCCAAGGGACGGUGAUCUGCGGCCCCGUCAGCCGCCAGUCUCAUCCCCAUGCCAAUGUCCAAACCCUGGACAGGCCACUGAAAAAGGGCCCCAUCACCAUGAUCCAGCAGUCAGACCAGAGGCGGAAGAGUGACUUGCUGCGCACGCUCACGGCGAGCUCCCGCGACACCAGCAGCUGCAAGAAGAGGCCGGCGAAAGAGAAGAUGACGGUGGAGGAGGAGCUGGAAAAGUGCAUUCAAGAUUUCCGCAAGAUCAAGAUCCCGGAGCGUUUCCCCGAGAGGAAGUACAUGUGGCAGAGCGACCUGCUGCGGAAGUACCGCCUCUGAGCCAGGCAGCAGGACCGAGGGGGCAGACACACGAGGCCAAGGAUCAGUUUACAUGUUUUUUGAUCACGACUUUUAACAAAAGGGAGAUCACACGGAACUCAUUUGCAUCCAGUGUCUGGGGAAAACUUCACCUUUAUGCCACUAGGAUGAAAGUCUGCACAGACGCUAGCAAGAAGCAUAAGAACUAGACUGUUCUCUUAUUGACAUGUGUAGUACGUAUGUGUGUGUAUGUAGUUUAGGCCUACUGUAUGUACUGUAAGUAUGUGCUGUACCUUGCUGAAUGCUUCAGAGCUUUGAAUAAUUUAUCCUGAGGACGAGUCCAGGUGGACGAAAGACAUCCUCUAUGAACCCAUCAACUAACUGAAGGCCGGCUAAUGGCUACACUGGGGUUACUGAGGGUUACUGGACUGCACGCAGUGUCAUCCGUCAUCAUCUCACUGAAAAAACACAAAGACAAACACUGAUUUAGUAUGUGAAUGUGUGUGUUUGUGUGUGUGUGUUCGCACCCAGGUGGCCUAGAGGUCACCGAUAAAUCUGCAUCAGGACCCAUUAAUAAUUCAUGCUGUCUCGACAGUGUUUCACUAUAAAUACACGCCAAGCUCUCAGCUGCCAGGGUGGCGUAAAGGCUCGGUCGAUUACUUAACUUUUAGGCAACAUUAGGGGACUUCUGAGGCAGGAGGAGGUACGAUUUCAUCAGCGGAGCAAUUCAUUUUGUUCUUGUAAUAUCAGUUAUAUUGCAAACGUACCCCGGGUGAAUCUAACUGCCCUGCAUCGCAUUGAUUUUUGUGGUGUUGGCAAGAUGUGGAGCAACACAGGUUACUGUGUGAAGCAUUUGAUUUGAUCGCCAACCCACGGGGAAAUACUGAGGUUCAAUAGAGUAAAGUCCCGGUUUAACACACCACAUACACACUUCCUAUAGGAUUCUCUGCUCAUUAUAAUACGGAAAUAAACGGAUACAUUCCCACAUACAAACACACGGAGCGAUCAAUCAUGAGGUCAGUUAAACAUGCUGAGUAAGACACCAGUAAAUACAAACAGAAUGGGACAGGAUUGCUACACAAGCUAACACCAUGAACACACAGACAGAUGCUUUCCACCCUGACUGUCGACACAGCGAUCAAUAAUUAUUGAUGAUAGGGUCCGUUGAUAGAGCUGAAAGAUGUGGUUCUUGUUUACAGUUAUUAAUGACGCGCCUGCGUUUCUGACAAAGACAAGCUGUUUGUGCAUUUAGUGAAAAUUAGCAAUUAUUCAUGUGUUCAUUUAUGUUCUGUAGGAUCUGUCAGAGUUAAUGGGAUGUGUUGUGAUGUGGUUACAGAAACAAAGAUGGCAGACAGAUAUUAUUUAUACAGUAUAUACAUAUAUAUAAAUAUAUAAAAGAGCACAAUUCAAGAAUUUGAUUUCCCAGGUAGGUUGAUUGUUAUUUAUGUAAGACUCUCACUGGAUAAAAUGUCGCUGACAGAGUGAUUUAUUAUUUCAGGCUGCAAAAUACAUUAUAGACCACAGCAAGUGAAAAAAGUACAAAGAUAUUCAGUGAUGAUUCAGUGAUGUUGUGAGCACAAAACAUUUGUGUCAUGUUAAGUUAUGAUGGUAAACUUUUAAAGAUGAUAAAUGGCUCAUUCAUUCGACUCAUUCAUAGUCAGACUAGUUAACUGUUUAUUUACAGAGGUGUUAUUAAUAUGGAAAUCUCUGUUUUAGGAGAGACGUUAAAAGAGAGAACAAAUUUAAAAGGAUUGAACAUAUUGUACAGCAGAUUGUCAACAUAACAAAUGAACACCUGACUAUUUUGUAAAUUAAUCCGGCCGUGAGGGGCUGAUAACAAGCAUAAUCUUCAAAGUACAAUAGAAGGAAGCUUCUAAACCCUCAUUAUGUCCAACGUUCCCGAGCCAACCACCAGAGAAAAUGUAGGUGAUUUAACUUUUGCAAACCACAGACAUGUUGAAUCUUUUGUUGGUCUGGUUAGGUUUAGGAAAAGAUCAUGUUUUGGCUUAAAAUACCUUCUUUAGUCAUGAAAAACAAGGCUGGACGUGGCAUGACGUGUCUAUUAAAACACCUGGAGACGUCCUUUUAACUUUUAAAUUGUUGUUCCCCACAAACUGGAAUUUGUCCCAAGGUGUCAGUGGCUUACACUGUUCUGUUGCCAAAAUAAAAAAAAUAAAAAAACAGCAGAAGCAUGCCCCUGUGGGUUAUUGAAAAUAGGCAGUGAUUUACUAAUUACAAAUAUUGAAGUCUUGAACAGCGGUCUUUGGCUUGGCAUCCUCUCACCCCUGCUAGAAUGAGUAGAAAUGUAGAUAUGAUGUUUGAUGACAUAAAUAUAUAAUAGAAACAUAACAUAUCUGUGGUUUGCAGAAAUGUAGAGAGCCAACAUUUCAUCCUGGCGUGUGUUUCGAUGUAUUAGACACAUUGAUCAGAGUUUCCAGAAGAGGAAGCAGCUUCAGGUAAAACUCAAAGUAUUUAUGAAUAUUGUGAUAGACAGCUAUGAUGAAAGACGUAGCUUUGGUUAAGAAGUUAUGAAUAUUGAUGAAUCCAUCUGUAUAGAUAAAAAUUCAGAGUGACCUUCUGUGUUUUAGGAGGAAGAUAAAAACAGGAGACAGUUGAAACUUUAUUAAAACUACUUGUGAUUUGUUACAGCAGCAUGUGAGCGUGCGGGGGAGUGGGCUUCAUUACCAAUCAUAACUUUCACAAAGCACAAAGUAUAACGUUGAAUUAAAAGCACAGACAAAUAAGAACAAAAUAUGCAUAGUUUAAUGUUAUUCAAAGAUGAGUUUAUUUAAAAGUGUCCCCGAUAUGUUAAUAUAUAUUUAAAAAAAUGUUUAUUAUACUUAUUUUUCUAUCUAAAAGCCUUUAAAUUAACAGGUUAUCAAAUUCCCUCAUGUUGCCCAUAAGCUGUUUUUCCUGUAUGUGAGAUGGUUGAAGGUUAAUCAGAAACUUCUAGUUGUAUUCAGCGCUGCUCAUAUAUCUGCUAUGGUUUAUUAUUGUAUACAAUAAUACAGUUGCAAUAGGUGCUAGAUACAAAACCAUUUUCCUCAUGUCGAUACGAUGAAUAUGACUUAUUUUUCUACAUUGCUAGAAUAUUACAUUUUCAUUUUAAAGUCAUUUAUCUUAAGUUGGAGCUGUUAUAUGUUAAUCCGGACUACAUAUCAUAUGUAAAUAAACAUCAUAAAUCAUACCUAACCAGAAUAAUGUAUUAUACUCUCUGUAUAUAACAUGCAAAUCCAUGAGGUGUGGCCGCUCCGCUGUUCUUAGUUAUGCAGUAGACUGACGCUAAUGUAAUACAGCCAUUCUCAUUUUAUUAUUUUUGAGUGUUGCACCAUCAGGGAUAAAAGGACAAUAUAAUACACACAUAUAACAUAUACGUAUAUUCACCACGAUAACAAACGAUAAGCUGCUCGCUUUUCAAGACAACAGUGUCACAAACAGACUGUCAGCAGUCAGUCUGACAUGCUGAGCUGAGAUGAAGAGCUCUGAAAAUGUUCAGGCCUGAAGAGAAUGAAAAAAAAAAAAAAAACACACAUAAAAAGUUUAAAACUCAAAGUACAAAAGGUACAAACUGUUCAGCUGUGACUGUCGGACCAUACAGGGCAGUCAGAAAGUGUUAGGACAGUGAUGUGUUCUGUUCUGUUGGUUCUGUACUCCAGAACAUUGGCUUUGAGAUGAAACAGAUGACCAUGAAGUCAAAGUGCUGACUUUCAGCAGCUACAGGCGACGAUUCCAAACCUGCAGACAAGACAACGAAGUGCUGUUGACUGAUCGAGUCGGUCACUUCACCUCAGUCCAGCUGAUGGUGUGUUUUACUGCUGAGAGCUCGACUGAAUGCAAAGUGCUGCCAAAGCCUGUAAGAAGUGACAGCAGCAGCAGUGUCGGCCGGCAGAGCAGCCAAAUAUUGAAGAAGACAACUUGAUUUGGAGGAGACGGUUCUGCGUCUUGUGUGGAUGUAAACACCUUCAAGCUAAAGCUGAGAAUCAGGACUUCAACACCUCCGUCUGUUUCGUUUCAGAUCUCAUGUGUGGAGUAAAGAGCCAACACACACAAAGAAAUGAUCGAAUUUUAUGUAAAUCUUUGUACAGGUGUUGCAUCCCCCGAUUAUUUUCUGGAUUAGAUCUAAAGGAAACAGUUUCCACAUGAUUUUGUUGUAAGAUCACGUACAGUGACGUGGAAAAGUCAAAUGAAUACAGGAAGAAACAGCUCAGUCUGAGCAUCACACCAGGCAGUACUUCACUUCUGGCUGCAUUUUUGCCUCUAUAAGCUUUCUGAGAACAGCAUGCUGAGAACAUUUUCCUCCUUGUACCAUGAAACAUUUUGUUUUCAGUUGCCGGUACAAUUAUUAUUAUCCGGGCAAAGUGAUCCACAUACAAUCAACAGUCUGAAUCAACUGAACUGUGAAAAGAUGGACAACAUGUCUCGACUGCACUGCAGAAAUGAAGCCAAAACAUCCAGGAUAGUGGAGCUGUGAUGCUGAGGUCCCGCCCCACCGUGGAUCUAAUGAGGGAAGAUCUUGCAGAAGUUGGCCAUUGACUCAUGAAGCUUAAAAUGUUGAACCUUCAGAGUUUUAAAAUACUCUGACCGUCCUCGUAAUAUCUGCACGAGAGACUUCCAGGACGAGCGGCUGACUUGCGGUUCAGGGAGUUUGGGGUAAAACGGUGUAACGGUGCAGCUCUGAACUCUUCUAGACUUUCAAAAUGUAGAAAAACAGACGGAGCGGCUCAGAUUCUGACAGUGAAACGAGCCGUCUGGCGGUGGCUGAUUCUGAGCUAUAAUUUGGGCAAUCUAGAUGUUUUGGCUUCACUUCUGAGGAGCCGUCAUGUCGCCCAUCAUCACAUACUGUCAUUUGAUUGGAUAAACAGGUGAAAACAUGACUGAUGUGAAAAGUGACAGUCUGAUUAUGAGGAGAGAAUGAUCGCAAAGCUUUUUGUGAACUUAUUUUUUAACGUCUGCAGCAGUCGGUCCCGUGCUGUUCAUAUUCAGUCCAGUUUAAGCGAGAGAGCACGUUGAUGUUCGGGAUCACGUCUGUACGACUUUGCCUGCUUUUCUUUUCCUGUUGGGUUCGUUUACUUUAAGAUAAUUCAGCAACAAGAUCGAUCCGUCACAGAAAAUAUAUCAGAGAGCAUUCUGACGCACAGAUUUGUCACGAGACACAAUUAGAAGUGCUGCUGAACAGACGCAGAGUGAAAAUGAAUACCGAGACACCUGGUGGCCUUCUAGAGUAGACGACAGCUGUUUUUGCACAAUGUAUAAAGUUAACUAAGAAAAAAAAAAGUAUUUGAAAGAGAAACAAAUUAAAUAAUCACCUAACAUGCACAACACAGCCACAUAUCAUGUGUCUGCCAUCAGAGAGACAGAUUGUAGAUCAUGCCGACCAGUUUUCACCUUCAGAGCACAAGAUGUUGACGUUCUUUUGGCCUGAAAAGAACAACUGAUACUGUAAAUCUUAUUGAUAAAUGACUUGAGGUUUUGUUUCAAGUGAAAUGUGAUGUAUGAAACGGAUGUGAGACUGUGAACUGAUGUCCAGUUUGUCAGGUUAUGUUGUUUUCGAGUGCCCGACUACAGUCUGUGAUUUUCUUUUUCCUGAAAUUAUAGUCAUGUCCUGCUGGUGAGGCCCGUGCACGUGACUGCAGGUCUCUUCUCUCCCUCCUGCCUUCGAUGAACCUGCGAACCACAAAGAAAAUCCCAUUACUCUGACACCACGGUCACGGUAGAUCUGGCACUGUUCGAGACAAAAGGGCGUCUGUUUUGAUUAUUGUUGUUCUGACACUAAAAAGAAAAAAAGAAAAAAUGGUUCAGAAACAUUGUGAGCAUGUUGGUAUACAAAACUUAUAACAGAUUUCAUUUAGUCUGUUCUUGUGAAAAAGAAAAUGUCAAAAACUGAUAUUUAACAGAAAAAAGAAAACUCGCAAAAAAAGAAAAAAAAAAAAAGAUAAGCACAAAUGUGUUGAUGGUGUCUGCUGUUCUUCCACAGGUGUAUAACAUUAUCAAAUAAAAAGUCAAUCUGCAGCGUGCACUUGCAAAACAGAGCGAUUCUCACCAGGGGCAUAAUAUCAUCGUUCAUGGGAGUACUUGCAUUUCUGAAAAUAACAAUGAAAUACUCUUUUGGUAAUCGUGAAAACACAUUUAAAACCUGUCAAAGUUUUUUCUGAUCCUCUAGACUAAAUGAACAUUUACCU